AUGCCACUUGUGGAAAGAAAGAAAUUGGAACAAGUUUUGGAAUAUCAAUCUAAUUUGUAUCAUCCUUCAUUCUCAAUAUCUGGAUGUGAUUUUUAUACGAAUCAGUUUGAAUUUGAAAAGGAUCAAUCACUUUUAUUUACAUUACAAGCACUGUGUUUACAACAGAUGGGUCAUCGAGAUGUUUCCACUCAACUCUACCUUCAAGGAAAACAAUUAUUGGGAAAAUACUUUGAUGACAUUGAUUCGAUAAGCGUCCUACUUUCAAUGAAAUUUACAUCACUCUAUUUACUGGGAGAGGGUGAAAGAAGAAAGGCCAGAGCCAUGAUGUUAAUUGUAAAAGCAGGUAUUGAUCCAUACCUUUUGAAAAACGAAAAGGUGAAGGAAAUUUCUGAUCUAGAACUGAUAUUGAAGAAUGCCAAAUCUUUUACAUCAUUAUUGAUUGAAUCUCAGCUAAAACUAAUUGACCUUUACCUAAAUGAAGAAUGCUACCCAGACACAUAUCUUUUCGAGGCCAUUGAGGAAUUGUCAAACCGAAAACUAAAAUUCACAGAUGAGGAAAGAUCAAGAGGAUGUAAAAAACUAGACAAGGAAACCUAUGAAAAGAUAAAGGGAUUUAUGAAAGCUUACAUGUCUCUCUCCAGAAUAUUUGUUGAGAGUGAAAGAAAUGACACAGAUAAUGCAGGUAAUUUGCUCAUGCUUAGUUUGAGCAUCACAACAAAGCAAAUUUGGUUAGAAAUUCUACUCAAUUCAGAUGAAAGUUUCAGAGAUUUGAAUGAAAUUCUUCAAAUUUCCAGUGAAAUUAUUAGAUUGACGAGGACUAAAUUCUUUCCCUAUCUUCAAAUCAAUGCUACUAAGGGAAUAAUUUUAGCUGCCACACUGAGGGCAAGUUAUUAUUACAAACUAGGUCCUAAUGAAAAUGUCAAUGAUGAUUUGAGAGCUCUUAAAUCACUCUCAACAAAGUACAAAUAUAUCCAAACAGAAUGUGUUGAUUUGAUGAAGGCACUUGAAACUCUGACAUACAUGUCAUUAAAUAGUGGAAGUUUAUCAAAUCCAUUUUCUGUGGAUGAAAUUUGCAAUUUUACCUCCAAAAUUGAACCAACAACAUUGAAAGCACCUACUGAAGGAGGAAUUAUUGUUUAUUAUAAUGACUAUGUAGAAAAUCACAGACCUAAUCUGAAUCAAGUGAUGAAGGAAGAUACUGAUCUUAUAGAUGAAUUAGUCAAUUGUCUAUUGGAUCAAGAUAAGAUUAAGAAGGAAGUUACUGAUCCUAUUCAACAAAAAGAGAGCUUGCAUUAUAGAAAAUUACAACUUGUGCAAACCUACCGAAAUAAGGCAACUGAUAGGCAGGAUAAUUAUCAAGUGAUUGAAAUGAUGAAGAAUAUUCGACUCUUUUACAUGUUGCAAUAA